GGGAGGGAGGGAGUGUGUGAUAAAUGCACCAUCCCAAUCCCAUAUCAUGAGACUGUGUAGUUAGUUAGUAAGUGAAAAAAUGAAAAUGGAACAAGAGGUUUCAGUUUCACACUCAACACAAACCCAAAGCCCCAAAACAGAGUAAAAGAAAAAAUGACGACGGCUAUCGUACGCGACCAGAACCUGGAGAAACACAUUCACAAACAGAUGGGGUGCAUGGCUGGUUUCCUUCAGAUCUUCGAUCGCCACCAGAUACUCACCGGAAAACGCAUCUACUCCCACAAACGCCUCCCUCCGGCCUCGCCGGAGCCGGAAAAACCCGCCGCCUCACCGACGCGUUCAACGCCAUCGCCGCCCAGAGAGGUCGUGAGUUCAGAGCCCAAGGCGAGUGUCCCCACUCUCCCCGUUCUCGAAUUCAAAGAAGGCACGCGGUCCUCGUGGAAGUUCGCGAGAGAAGCUCCGAGGCUGUCCCUUGACAGCAGAGCCAUCGUGGACGCGAAAGGAACGCUACACCUUCACCCGCGCGGCGAGAUCCCUCCCGAAAACGACGCUGACAAGCAGCGUCGUUCCACCAGUGUCAUUGCCAAGCUCAUGGGCCUUGAGCCCUUACCAGAUUCGGAGCCCGAGCCCGGGCCUGGGCCCGUGGCCAAGCUCCAGAGAUCCGCGUCCGAGUCCAGAGUCCCCAGAGAUCUGCCUCUGCCCCUAACGCAGUGUCGUUUCUUCGACCCCAACAAUUUUACCGCUCAGGUCACAACCAAUGUGGUUCACGAGAAUAAUAAUAAUAAUAAUAAUAAUAACAGUUAUUAUACUAACAACAACGCUGUCAUCGAUUCACGAUUCGUUAGCAGCAGAGUCGCCGCAGAUCCACCGAAACAGAGGUUAAAGAAGAGUUUCUACGACUCUGCCGAUUUCUUCCCCGAGCCAAAACACACCGUUUCGGUGUACGGAGAGAUUGAGAGGAGGCUGCGGGUGCGUGGGAUAAACGAGCCUUCCAAGGAUCUCCACACUCUGAAACACAUCUUGGAAGCCUUGCAGCUCAAGGGGCUUUUGCAUAACAGCACCAAACCAAACCAAUCUCCCAUUGUGGUUAUGAAACCGGUUCGAUCUGUGAAUCGGACCGGGAGUGAUUAUUCUCCCCGGUCCAGUCCUCGCCGGAGCCCCAGAGUUGGCAACGAGGCUCGGAGGAGUGAACAAAAUGAACGGAAUGUAAGGGGGCAAGGUAGAACACAGAGUUCGAGUCCGAACCGUAGGAAGCAGGAACCGCAGAGGAGAGUGGGUGUUGAUUCGAGGAGGGUGUCUGUUUCUGUGUCUCCGGUUCAUUCGCCCAAGGUGAGUCCCAGAAGGAAUGCAAAUGCAACGGGUCAGCAAGUGCCAAGUGGGUCGCCCAGGAUGAUGAUGAGAAAAAAUAAUGAGCGUAAGGAGAAGGUGUUGUUGGGUGGGGCAGAGGAUGAAUCGUCCACCAUUUCAGACAACAGCUUCAGCACUAGUUCAUAUCCCGAUACAGAGGUAAGGUACAGGUUGGAAGAGUACAAGGAAGGGAAAGAUCUGCUGGAUAGGUGCGAUAAGCUUCUCAACAGCAUAGCAGAAAUAACAGCUGCCAACGAGUUGCAACCGAGUCCAGUAUCGGUUCUUGACUCGUCAUUUUACAAGGAUGACUGGUCUUCACCAUCCCCGAUAACAAAACGCUACAUUGAUUACAAAGAUCAAGCGGCGGAGUCGGAAGAUGAUAUGUGGAGUGCAGCAUUGUGCAGCAGCGAGGAGGCAGCGUCCGAGGAUUGUGAUUUCGCUUACGUGUCGGAGAUUCUGCGAGCUUGCACUUACUUGCCGGAAGACAGUGACAUUUUUCUGUUACUGGAGAAGCAGCAAUGUUUAAAGGGGAAAGAUACCUCGAAGGCUUCGACGCUGCAGAGGCGGUUGAUUUUCGACACUCUUCAGGAGAUCCUGAACCGGAACCAGCAAUUGCCGCCGUGGAAGGCGGUGUCGUACGGCGAACAGAGGCAGCAGAUCUGGUCGGAGUUUCGGAGGAUCCGAGAGAGGGAGGAAUCGUGGGAGUCGGAGGACUUGUUUAAGGUGAUAUGCGGAGUGUUGAAGAAGGACAUGGCGGAUGAGAUGCGAGGGUGGGGAGAAUGGCCGGUGGAGAUGGGAGAUGUCGUGUUGGACAUCGAACGUCUUGUGUUUAAGGAUCUUGUUGGCGAAACCAUUCGAGAACUCGCUUCGUUUUCACCUCAAUCUCAAUGUAACAACAAGCUACUACUACCCUCGCUUCGUAGGAAACUUGUCUUUUGAAUUUCCAAUCACAAACAUCAAAAACAAAACGAGAAAAAGAAAGAGAGUCGCACGCAUUGUUUAAAUCUUCGCGCGCUUGCCUUUUUAAUUUUUCUUUUCUUUUCUUUUUUGGCUUGCUUUAUUAUGAUUUUUACUUUUAGUUUCUGUCAAUGAAAUCAGGAAAUUUUUAAUCUGAAAUCUAGGCAAAAUCUGACCUUGGCUUUCUUCAAUAUAGAGAUGAAUGAAUGAAAUGUUGGCCUA